AUGAAGUUUUCGGUUCUUUUCUUUAUUCCCCUUCUCAUUGCUGGCUCUUCAGCUCUGGCGAACAGUGCGACCUCAGACACCGGCGUUGCUCAAUUCAACCAUCGCCAAGGAGUAAGAGCCGCAUCUUCUUACGGCCCACCUCGUGGUGUUCAGCGUCGUUCGAGAGACACACGUCGAGCUGUUACCAAAGAAACAAAGCGUCAAAAUACUCCCACGCCUUCACCAGAUCAGAUCAGAGCCGCUAUUCUGUCUCUUCCAGCUGUGAAACAACUCUCAGCCGAAAUCCAACAAUUCUUGACUACAGUGCCGUCUGAGAUAUGGGCAGUUCUACCGAAACUGAGUCCCGAUCAGUUCACAAUAGCGUUGGAGCAGCUUGAAAAGGGCCAACUGCCGGAUUUUGCAAAUGCUCAGAAGGCGGUUCCACCCACCACUCCAAGUACCCAACCGCAAGCUCCUGCUGCUUAG